ACCUAAACAACAGGCAAAAAUGGCAGAGUACUGCAGAUUGAUAUUUGGAGAUGCAUUACUUAUGGAUCCAUUGGAAAAAUACCCGCUUGAACCUGGGGUUCCUCUUCCAAGCCCUAUGGAUUUAAUGUACAAAAUUCUGGUGAAGAAUAAAAAGAAGUCGCAUAAGUCAGCAGAUGGAAGUGCAAAAAAGAAGCUCUCGGAACAAGCUUCCAACACAUGCAGUGACACAUCUAGUAUGUUUGAACCUUCCUCCCCCGGAGCAGGAGAAGCUGACAUUGAGAGCGAUGAUGACGAUGACUAUGAUGAUGACUGUAAAAAGUCGUCGAUGGAUGAAGGUACUGCUGGAAGUGAGGCCAUGGCCACGGAAGAGAUGUCUAACCUGGUGAACUACAUUCAGCCUGUGAAGUUUGAGUCAUUUGAAGUAUCAAAAAAACGCAACAAAAGCUUUGAAAUGUCUUCCUUCGUGGAAACCAAAGGGCUUGAGCAACUCACAAAGUCUCCCGUGGAAUUCGUGGAAUACAACAAAAUGCAGCUAAGCCGAAUUUACCCAAAGGGGACACGUGUAGAUUCUUCAAACUACAUGCCACAAGUCUUUUGGAAUGCUGGCUGCCAAAUGGUUGCUCUUAACUUCCAAACUGUAGAUUUGUCUAUGCAAAUAAACAUGGGAAUGUACGAGUACAAUGGCAAAAGCGGAUACCGGUUAAAGCCAGAAUUCAUGAGAAGACCAGACAAACACUUUGAUCCGUUUACUGAAAGUAUAGUGGAUGGAAUAGUAGCUAACACCUUGUCUGUCAAGAUAAUUUCAGGUCAGUUUCUUUCUGAUAAAAAAGUCGGUACCUACGUAGAAGUCGACAUGUUUGGCCUGCCUGUGGAUACAAGGAGAAAAGCUUUGAAGACCAAGACCUCUCAAGGCAAUGCCGUCAAUCCCGUCUGGGAAGAGGAAACCAUAGUGUUUAAGAAGGUCGUUUUACCUUCCCUGGCGUGUUUGAGGCUAGCAGUCUAUGAAGAAGGAGGAAAAUUUAUUGGUCAUCGGAUAUUACCAGUUUCAGCAAUUCGACCAGGCUAUCACUACAUCUGUUUGAGGAAUGAGAGGAACCAACCUUUGACACUGCCAGCUCUCUUUGUGUACAUAGAAGUCAAAGACUAUGUACCUGAUACUUAUGCAGAUGUGAUCGAGGCCUUAUCCAAUCCAAUCAGAUACGUGAACUUGAUGGAGCAGAGAGCUAAGCAACUGGCCGCGCUGACUCUGGAAGAUGAAGAAGAGGUAAAGAAAGAGAUUGACCAUGGGGAUGCAGCACCCGAAGCUAACAAUGAACCUAGGCCAACACCAGCAGAGAAUGGAGUAAAUUACACUGCCUCUCUUACACCGAAACCAGCAACUCAGGUUGUCCAUAGCCAACCAGCACCAGGUUCGGUGAAAGCACCUGCAAAGACAGAAGAUCUUAUUCAGAGUGUCCUCACAGAAGUGGAAGCACAGACUAUUGAGGAACUAAAACAACAGAAGUCUUUUGUUAAGCUUCAGAAGAAGCACUACAAGGAAAUGAAGGACCUUGUGAAGAAGCACCACAAGAAAACCACCGACCUUAUCAAAGAGCACACUGCGAAGUAUAAUGAAAUCCAGAAUGACUACCUGCGACGAAGAGCUGUUUUGGAAAAAACAGCAAAAAGAGACAGUAAGAAAAGAUCUGAAACGGGCAGCCCAGACCACAGUUCUUCAACUAUUGAACAGGAAUUAGCUGCGCUCGACUCUGAAAUGACCCAGAAGCUGGUGGAGUUGAAGGAGAAGCAACAACAGCAGCUGCUAAAUCUCCGCCAGGAGCAAUAUUACAGUGAGAAGUACCAGAAACGAGAGCACAUUAAGCUGCUUAUUCAGAAGUUGACUGAUGUAGCAGAGGAGUGUCAGAACAGCCAGCUAAAGAAACUGAAAGAGACGUGUGAAAAGGAAAAGAAAGAAUUGAAGAAGAAAAUGGACAAGAAGAGGCAGGAGAAGAUCACAGAAGCAAAGUCCAAGGAUAAAAACCAAAUGGAAGAAGAGAAGACCGAAAUGAUUCGAUCGUAUAUCCAGGAGGUGGUGCAAUACAUAAAACGGCUAGAAGAUGCUCAGAGUAAAAGACAGGAGAAACUUGUAGAAAAGCACAAGGAGAUUCGUCAGCAAAUACUGGAUGAAAAGCCUAAGUUGCAGGUGGAACUUGAUCAGGAAUAUCAAGACAAAUUCAAAAGACUGCCUUUGGAAAUUCUGGAGUUCGUACAGGAAGCCAUGAAAGGGAAAAUCAGCGAAGACGGAGACCACAGUUCUGCCCCCUCUUCCCUGGCAUCUGACAGUGGAAAAUCAAAUCAUAAACCUCUGCAAAGCGAAGAGGAAUUGGAAGAAGAUCAUCCAGAAAAAGUAUUUGAUACAACUUUUUAA